AUGUCUUCGUCCGGAGGGCUAUAUAAGCGCUCUCUUCUGGUAACGUUCAUCCUUGACAUCCAUACUACUACUGGCCAUUCGUAUCCCGCCGCCACUAAACGACUACACUCCUCUUGUCCCGAAACCACAUACGAGGAAAACUACAACAUUUACACCUGCCAGCUCCUCGACCCACAGGAGUACUAUAGCACUUGUGCGGGGGUCUGUCCGAGGAAAUUCCGGCCCUGGCUGGACUAUGGCAUUUUGGCUCUAUUUUCACUAUGUGGAGUAUGCCUUCCUCGUUCCGUGACCCUUGUCCCUGCUGAUGGAACACCAGGAUCGAUAACCCCAGUGAUCAAGGUGCUAGUCAAUGAUAGCCGCGGAUGUCGACGCAUAUAUAUUAUAUGCAACACUCCUGCCGGAUACACCAAAUCAAACAUGGUGAUGAAUGAGCAAACUGAUUAUCCAUUGGUAGGUAAGAACGUUAGAGCGCUUGCAACCUGUUUCAAGGCUUCAUGGAUCGGUGACCUUCAUCCCUACUAUAAUUUUUCGAUUGAGUGA